AUGCUGUCCCAAUUCACAUUGGGUAGACAGCGUGCCGUCUUGCAGUUGUUUCGAUUGCAGCGUCGAAACUAUACAUUGGCUCAACCAAUUGAGAAAGCCGUUCAGUAUUACGAGGAUCUGAUCGGAUUAACAGCUGUUCGAAAAGCUCAAGAAGAAGUCCUUGAAUGUGAAAAUGCGUUACAUGUGGCACAAAAGUUACGACGAAAUAAGCAAACUGAAAUUAAAAGUUUGCAAGGACGUUUGAAAGAUAUUCAUACAGAACUCGACCGGACGUCUCGAGGCGAAGACAGGUAUUUGGAUUUAUUGACGGAAGAGCACGCAACAAUUAAGAAAGAGCGUAAAUUGAUGGAAGAGUUCGAGUUAGCUGAAGCCUCAGAGCGCGACGCUUUCCAAGUUCUUUCAGCACGAGUGAGACAUAGUCACGAAAAAGAGCGUGAAAGAGGCGAACGAACAAAAUAUUGGUCAGUAUCUGCAUCUCUGAUCGGUGCCUUGCUAGGUAUAAUAGGAACGACAUUAGCUGCAGAAUUACGAAUGAGGCGAAUCAAAGAGCUUGUUCCAACGGCAGCGCAACUCUCACCAAUGCUUGAUAAAAUUGCUGCAGUUGUUGAUAGGCAACAUGAGCAAGUAGCAUCGUUUAUUGGUGAUGUGCGUGAGUUGAUGCACUUCAAAGGAAGUGAAAAGUUGGAGCUGGAAUCGAAGGUCGACAGUGCGUCGGCGGAUCGUAUUGUGCAAUCGAUGAAUGAACAACAGAAGUCGUUAUCGAAGGAGAUGGACGAACUGAAGAGGUUGAUUGCUGUGGAUCGAAGUUUGGACGCGGACGCAUCGAGUGUUGUCUACGUUGGAAGCGAUAUGGAAGUGUUGUUGAGUCAAACCGAGCAAAAUAUCGAAUCAAAAAUGAAACUGCAAACACUUUUGAAUGUUGUGCUGGUUUACGCAGCUAUCGUUCUAUCGAUUCCGCUCGUUUCAACGUUAUUUAGAGGAAACUGA